AAUGUUUCGUUUGGGCUAUACUCUAUUUCUAUGGCCUCUAGUUCUUACUAAGGAUAUCAAUUUAGGCAUAUUAUUACCAUUCUCUGGACCAGAAAAGGAUAUCGGUCAGAGUAUAGCCGGUGCUUCGCGUAUUGCAAUUGAUAAAAUCAACUCUGACAAGAAUCUAUUACCUGAUAGAGAGAUAAAAUUCUUUUGGACUGAUACAGCAUGCUCAGCAGGACAAGGUUUAUAUAAAGUUGUUGAUAUGUGGUUUAAGUAUGGAAAAAAUUUACACGCCUUAAUUGGAGGUUAUUGUGAUGCUGUAUGCGAGCCUGUUGGACUUUUAGCCAGCCACUGGAAUUUACCGUUAAUAUCCUACGGCUGUUCCAGCUCCAGUCUAUCAAACAAAAAUAGCUAUCCAACAGUCUGUAGAACUGUUGGACCAUUCUCAAAGCUAAGUCCAAUGUUGGUUGCGGUUGCUCAAUAUUUCAAUUGGAGGCGCAUAGCGAUAAUUUCGUCAACUGAAAAUGUCUGGCAAUUGACAUCUUUCCAGAUAAAAGUUGAAUUGGAAGCUAGUGGAGUUCAUAUUCCUGUUUUUCACAGUUUUGAUCCUGGUCAUGUAAAGAUUACAGGAAAAGAAAAAGCUCUUCAUAGUGCCAUCUUGAAAGAUGUUAAAGAGAAGGCGAGAAUUGUAAUCAUCUGUGCGUACGGAGGAGACAUUAGAGAGAUGAUGCUUUUCGCUAAAGGUCUAAAUAUGACCUCGUCCGGAAAAUAUGCUUUUAUUACUAUUAAUUUACAGAGAGGUGCCUAUAUAGGAGAAUCAAGCUGGAUGGGAGAUGAUGGAAGAGACGAGGAAGCGUUCGAAGCAUUUAUAGGUCUACUCAACGUCCAUAUUAAUAAACCCAAUACAGAAAAAUAUAAGGCUUUCGAAGACCUUGUGAGAAUACGAAAUCAGGAAGAUCCUUUUCAAGGAAAUUUUUAUGAAACUAUCGACGUUCAUGCUGGAAGUUUGUACGAUGCGGUUUAUCUUUAUGCUUUUGGCUUGAACAAAACUUUAGAAACGGGAGGAGAUGAGUUUAAUGGCAGUUUAGUUGCUAAAAAUAUGAUUAACUUAACAUAUCCAGGUAUUGAUGGAUUAGUUAGUAUCGAUGAAACAGGAGAUAGAAAUCCCGAUUAUUCUCUCCAAGAUUUCAAAAAUGGUUUAUUCGAAGAUUUCGCCGAAUAUAUAUAUUCGACAAAAACUUUUACAGUUAAUUCCGAUAUUUUGAUAAUCUUUCCCGGAAAUAAAAGCGUUCCUCCAAAAGACGGUCCCGAUUGUGGAUGGAACAAUGAAUUUUGUCCAGAUGAAAAGGAUAAAAGUUCCAUCACAAUAAUAAUUAGUUUUGUUUGCGCCAUAGCAGUAUCGUUUACAAUACUUGGAAUCGGCGUUACUACAUACUUAAAAAAAAAGAACUACGAACAUCAAAUUCAACAAACCGAAUUAUGGAAGAUUAAUUAUAAUCAGCUAGAAUUGAUUGAUGCUAAAAACGUGAAAAAUUACAAAGGAGGAAUUAUUAGAACCGCAAGCUCUAGUAGAAUUAUGUCCAGAAUGACAGAUGAUUCCAGUAACGAUGAUACAAGCUAUAGGGAACAAACAUCUCAGCAAAUAUUCUCAUGUAUUGCUAGAUAUAAGGGUAAGACCGUGACCAUAAAGAAUAUUGAGAAUGACGAUAUCAGAUUGACAAGACAACUGUUAGUAGAGCUAAAAGCGAUGAGAGAUUUAACUCAUGACAAUAUCAAUCAAUUCGUUGGUCUUUGUCUUGAGAAACCACAUGUAAGCUUCAUUGAAAACUACUGCCCUAGAGGAAGUAUUCAAGACGUCUUAGCCAGAGAUGAUAAAUUAAUAGAUGAAUUUCAAUUUUCAUUUGCAAUUGAUAUAGCAAGUGGUGUGGCCUACCUGCAUAAUAGUCCCUUACAUUCCCACGGAAGACUAAAAAGUGGAAAUUGUCUUGUUGACAGUCGAUGGAUUGUAAAGUUAUCUGAUUUUGGGUGUCCUUGGCUAAGAAAAAACGACUUAGGCUCAGAAGACUGUUUCUACCAAGCUUAUUUUUGGACGGCUCCCGAGCUAUUAAGAGACGGUUGCUCCGCACUAAGAGGAACUCAGCAAGGCGACGCCUAUUCUUAUGGAAUUAUUCUUCAGGAAAUAAUUUCCAGAAAUGUUCCAUUCUAUUCCGAAAACGCUAUUAGUCCAAAAGAAAUUAUUGAAUGCAUUAAGCAUAAAACUGGUAAUCCAUUUAGACCAAGAUUAACGGAUACUAAUUGCAACCCAAGCCUAUUACAAUUAAUGAUCAGCUGUUGGUCGGAGGAACCCGAAAAGAGACCAACUUUUUCAGAAAUAAAGAAGGCAUUAAAGAAAAUGUCGGGCGGAAAGGAAACUAAUGUGAUGGACAAGAUGGUACACAUGUUGGAAAGAUACGCCAAUCAAUUAGAAAGUGAAGUACUAGAGCGUACUAAUGAACUUGCUGAGGAAAAGAAGAAAACUGACAUGCUUUUAUAUAGGAUGCUACCUAAGCAAGUUGCAGAUGCCUUAAAAUCAAAUGAGGAUGUUACACCGCGUUCUUACGAGAGUGUUACUAUAUACUUUUCAGAUAUUGUUGGUUUUACACAAAUGGCUUCCGAAAGUACACCUUUACAGGUUGUGGAUUUUCUCAACGAGCUCUAUACAAACUUUGACACUAUUAUAGAUAAUUACAAGGUAGAAACUAUUGGAGAUGCUUACAUGGUAACUAGCGGCGUCCCUCAGGAAUUCUCUACUCAUGCCCCUGAAAUAGCAACAAUGGCACUUGAUAUUUUAAGUUGCUUGACAACUUUUCGAAUAAAACAUAUGGAGGAAAAGAGAGUGUUCGUUCGUAUUGGAAUUCAUUCAGGUCCGGUUGUUACAGGUAUAGUUGGGCAAAAGAUGCCUAGAUACUGUUUAUUUGGUGAUACAGUUAAUACUGCAUCGCGAAUGGAGAGCACAAGUCUAGCUCUUCGGAUUCAAGUAAGUGAGACUACAGGGUUUUUUCUCAGAGAGGAUGGAAGUUUCUCUCUUGAAGAGAGGGGAGGUGUAUCAAUUAAGGGAAAGGGAACAAUGAAAACAUAUUGGCUAUUAGGCAAAACAGGUUUUACCAAAACUCUUCCAUCACCUCCAUCACCACCAUUGAAACCCAAACAACAUGUUGAAGAAUAG